ACCAAUGAAACAAAAUGGCUGCCGCUUGUGUACAAGACGAUGGUGGUGGUUCAAUAGUUGAUGAAGGUGAAAAGUACAUCUCUCUUGAAGAGCUUCAAAAUCAACUUCAGCUAUCUGGGAAUGAAGCAUUAACUGUCCAAGUAGACAAUGCAUCAGGUUAUAUUAUCAAAUGCAACAGUUCAGAAUCUUCCUGUGAUUCGGGACAAGUUGUUACUGCUGGUGGAGACUCAACUGUCAUAGCAUAUGCAUUGCCAGUUGAUUCAAACAGACACACAGCUUACAUUGUUCAUGGGUCUGGAGUUGAAGGUACAGAUGAGGAUAAUCUUGUGGCUUUAGGCAGCGAGGUUGGUGAUUCAUCAGCUGAAAAUGUUUCAGUUAGAGAGUUUGUCUCCAAAGAUAACAAAGGGACUGUUGAUCAGAAUGGUACCACUGGAUUGAAUGAUAAAUCAAAUCAGGCAACAAAGAAAAUUGACAGUCAAAAAGAUGACAAAUCUCUUGUUGAGACAGCAGUACAAGCUAAUGAUUAUGAUAUAGAGAGGAGGUCAGGAAAAGUACCUGCAAGGAGAAGAGUAAUUCCAUUUAAAUUCAGAGAUUAUAAGAAUCCUGACUUAGUCAAGGAAGAGGGUAAUGAGAGUGAUUCUGAUUAUGAUCCUGACAUUAAUGAGGAAUCGUCCUUGAAGAGAAAAAAACCAGUGGCUCGUAAAUCAACUACUCCUGGUAGUGGAAAAAGAGGCAGACCGAGAAAAUCAGCAUCAAAUGAAGUUGUCAUUCUUAUUCAAUCCUCAGGUUUAGGCAAUUCAACAAGUCAGAUUGUGCCAUUAGAGUCUCUAAAUGAAACUGUGCAACAGACUAUUUCAACAGCUAUAGCCAAUCAGGAAGCCAAAAGUAAUGCUAAAAAAGACGAAGAGAUAACAGAAUCCAAAAGUAGUGAGAACCAGGAUCAAACUGAAGAGCAAGUGGUAAAGAGAAGGGAAAGGAUCAGAGGUGUAGGAAAAGAUUUCAAGUGUGAAAGUUGUUGUAAGACCUUUUCUUCCAAAGGAAAUCUGAAAACUCAUGAAAAAAUCCAUGAAGAUGAAAAACCAUUUAAAUGUGAUUUUAAUGGAUGUGGGAAAGCCUUUAGAAGUAAUGAAAGUUUGAGAAGACACAGAUUAUCACAUAUGGGUAUCAAACCAUUUGAAUGUUCUAUCUGUAAGAAUAAAUUUGCUAGUAAUGUAAGCCUUCAGGAACAUAUAUCUCGGCAUACAGAUGAGAAACCGCAUCAGUGCCACAUCUGUCAGAAGAACUUCCGUCAAGUCAGCUGUUUACGUCGACAUCUCUUCACACAUUCUUCUGAACUGCCAUUUUCCUGCCAUGUAUGUGGACGCAAAUUCUCACAGAAUGUUUAUCUGAGGUCACAUAUGAAAGUUCAUACUGGUGAAAGACCCUUUAAAUGUACAGAGUGUGGGAAAGCAUUUGCUCAUCAGUCUGAUCUAACAAGGCAUAAAAUUGUUCACACUGGCCGUAAACCUUAUGCCUGUGAAGUUUGUAAUGCCAAGUUUAGUGAUCCAUCAAGUAAAAGAAGACACGAGAAAGAACAUGUGGGAGCAAAACCUUAUGUUUGUCAGUUGUGCUUUGAGUCAUUUAAACGUGGGGGACAACUAAAAACUCAUCUAAGUAGGAAACACACAAAUCAGAAAGAAGAAGUUCAAGUCAUUCAGAAAGAUGGAUUAUUACAAUUCAUAUACAAGGAUGGAAAUUGUCAAACUAUUCCUGUGUCACAAGCUGACAACUUAGAACAAGUAAAAGAUAAGAAAAUAGUCAAGUUAAUAAAAGAUUUGAACAACAAAAUGGUCCAACAUGUUCAUAUAGGCCUUCCCCAAGAGGCUGAAAUUGAUUCAAAUAUAGAGGAAUUAGCAGCCAUUGAAACAGUUGUCAUGGAAACUGAACAGGAAAACAGUGAUGAUCUAAUGCAAAAUAUUUCAGGAAUGACAAACACAGACAGUAGUAAAAAUAUUAAAGUUGAGACUAAAAAUAGUGAUGAUGAAACAGUGAUUACUAUUGCGGAAGUUCAGGAUUUUCAGGAAGUUUCUGGGUCAGAGGUACCAGUAGAAUAUUUACAAAUUAUAAAUGGUGUUAUCCCAGAAUCAGAAAACCAGGAAGUUGUUGUUUUACCUUACAAUCAAGGGGAGGAAAUUCAGUCUGAAUCAAUCACUACUGAGGAGGUCUGUGUGAUUGGCAAGGAAAUUUCUGAACAAGAAAAGAAUGACUCUAUCAUAGAGGUCACAGCAGAUGAUGACACUCAGGGAGUUGAUUAUGUUGCAAACCCAGAUUUUAACAGUCAGCAGUAUUAUAACUGGUUAUCAAGUUUUACAGAACUAUGUAAAGUUAUGCCAAUGCCUUUAGAUCUGUCUUUAUUUCAGAAAAUUAACCAGGUUCACAAAACAUUAUCAGAUGUGAUGGCAACACCAUCAGGGGUUGUGGCUGACAAAGAAAAUUUUAAAAUUCUCAUGAAUAUUUCUCAGGAAUUGAAUAGUAUUAUAAAUGAACAUUUGUUCCAUGUGAUGCAAAAUUUAGACACUGAAAAAUGAUUUUGAAAACAAAAAAUAUUUUUAAGCUAGUGAGAAUCUGAGAUUUUCAGUCUUGCAUUUAUUGUUAUUUAAUUCUUUAUGGUUACAAAUGUAUUUAUUUCAGUUUCUUUGAUUAUGUCAAUAAAUUUUAAACUAGCACA